GCAAGCUUCUACUGGGCCAUCGAUAACCAAUUUUCUUGUCAUAUAUACGAAAACCUUUAUUAGUCUGUUGUUGUCAAACGUCAGUUCUCCUGAGUCUCAUUAUCUCGUGAAACUGUACCUUAUAACAUAACCGACGUGUGUUGGUAUUUGACAACUGUUCGUAAUAAUUGCAACGUCCAAGGCAAAUGGUUGACGUACAUCUCCAGUUGAUACCUCUCCACAGACCCGACUAUAGAUCGUCUCGUCGUGCGGACGAUUACCUGAGAUUUCGCAGUGGUGUGAAUUAAAAACGUAUUUUACGACAAGAUUCGUUUGUUCGUUUAAAAAUAUAUAUUUGCAUGUACGGUACAUCUAAAACGUCUCAAAGGAUUCCCGUUAAUCUGCGAUGGUUGUGAAUGGCGUCACGACCUAGGCGGCCGGUGCGCUCUCUGAUUGGCGGAGAGCCGUCAUCCGGGUACUACGCUACGACUGGCUCAUUAGCUAAAGGUACCAAUAUGGCGGAGGCUUCCAUUGGGAGUUCAAGUCCAGUUGGCUCUUUGUCGUCGGAAGAUCAUGACUUUGACCCGACUGCAGAGAUGCUAGUUCAUGAGUACGAUGAUGAGAGGACCCUGGAGGAGGAGGAAUCUCUAGAAGGCGGAGCCAAUAUCAGCUCUGAAAUUGCAGAUUUGGAGAAGGAGGGUAACAUGCCUCUGGAGGAGCUGCUGGCCAUUUAUCGAUACGAGGCCUCAGCUGGUUCCAGUAUAGACAGCUCCUCUGGCGACCUCACAGACGAGCUGCCCGACAUGACUUUGGACAAGGAGGAAAUUGCUAAAGACUUGUUGUCUGGCGACUACGAGGAGGAGACCCAGUCGUCAGCGGAUGACCUCACCCCGUCAGUGACCUCCCACGAGGCCACCGAUUUCUUCCCCAGAACACUUCGAUCCAACGCUGUCUCUGAUGGGGAUAAAGAUUCAGAGUGUGAAGAUGAUGGUCCAAGUCCAGAAGACUCCAGAAAGGAAAUAAUGGUGGGCGCUGAGUACCAAGCGGAAGUUCCUUUCACCAUCUGCCACUACACGGAAGAUGAGAAAGUGUAUGAAGAUGAAGAUGAGCUCAUGUGGCGUCCGGGCACGCUGCCAGAGAGCAAGGUCAGGAGCUUCCUGACCGACGUCCUGUCACGGACAACGGACGAGAAGACGACGCACGACAAACCACAUGUUCGAGACAAUGAACAAGCUUUGUUUGAGCUCGUCAAGUGUAACUACAACACCCAUGAGGCGCUUGAGCAAUACUGUAGCCACCUAAAAUCCUCGAAAGAAAAAUCUCCCCCGUGGUCUGAGGAGGAGUGCAAGAACUUUGAACAUGCUCUGCAGAUGUAUGACAAGAACUUUCACCUCAUUCAGAAACACAAAGUGACAACACGAACGGUAGCGGAAUGCGUCGCGUUUUACUACAUGUGGAAGAAGUCGGAGCGCUUUGACUUCUUUGUGCAGCAGAAUCGCUUCGGGAAGAAAAAAUACAGCAGCUAUCCCGGUGUCACAGACCUCAUGGACCGGCUCGUUGACGAAGCGGAGGGUUUGGCCGUGGACAGUUCGUCGUCUGUGUGCUCGGGAGGUGGCGGGAGCGGAAGGGUGGAAAGCGCGACGGAUCAACAGCUCAGCCUGCUCAACUCCAUCACUGCCAGUGACCUCACAGCUCUGAGCAACAGCGUGGCGACGGUGUGCAGCCCGGCCGAGGUGACGUGCUUAGACUCCUACAGCUUCCCCCCACUGGAGAGCCUCCACCGCACCUCCCUCAACCACGACGAGUCGCUGGGCUUCCCGUCGGGCGGCGCCGACGCCGACUGUCUCAACAUGCUGGACGCCGGCUUCUACCACUCGGAGCUGGGCCAGCUGAGCGGCGUGUGCGUGGCCAAGGACUGCGAGCGGCCCUCCAAGAGACUCAAGCUGGCGCUGCAGCCGGACUCGUUCAUAGGCGACGUGUCGGUGGGCAACCUGGCCGUGGACUUCGAAGCGCGACGGACCGCGCCGCACCACCACCGGAUAACCGGCGCCAAAAUGGCCGUGUCGGUCACGGACUUCGGCGAGCCCAACGGCUUUUUGAGCGGGCACGCGCGCCACCACGCGCAGCACGCCACAGCACUUCAGUCCGACUGAUCUUCCUCAUCCUCUUCCUUCCUUCUUCCCUUUUUUUGGGCGUGUACAUAAGACUGACCUCAUGUUAUAUAUAUCAUGGUAAAUAUAUAUAUAUGUGUGUGGGUGUGUGUGUGUCUACACACACACACACUCACAUCUGUGUGUAUGCAUAUGUACAUAUGUUUGUGUGUGUGUGUACAGAACUAUACUUUUUUCAUUUUUUGUGUACUAUGACAUCAGUGAUGUCUCUCAUAUAGAACUAAAAUCUUGAUUUCUCAAGAAUUUAUAAUAGCCAUUUUUUUGUUUUGUUUGUCACCACGGUUACGUCCAUGUAGAGUGUGGUCAACAGUGCCCUGCCAUUCUUCCUUUCCGCUGCCAAAAUCAUCUUAUUUAGAAGGUGCUUAUUUAAAAGUGGUACUUUUUUUCAAAUCAGUGUUUGGUUUACAGGUACGUAGCAGUCGGCAUGUUGCUCGCUUUUCAGUUUGUUCUUAUUUGCGUGUGCCUGUUACGACUAGCAAUCGGCUUUGCAUUUUAUUUUAUACUUUUCAACAAUGAAAUUGAAAUAAGAUGUCCUGGGAAAUAGUGACAGCCAAGUGUUUAAGAAUAGAUUUCAGUGGGGCCAAAAAAAAAAAAAAAGAAAUUCCCAUAAUGUCUUUUGAAGUGAAGGCAAUUUGCAAAUUUCGGAGGGAUUUACUGCCAUAAAUGAAUGGAACAAAUCCAUUUGGCAAGAAACAUGACGGCCUGUGCACUAUGAUCUGCGAAUGAUACUAAAAAAAAAAAAUGUCAGCAUGCUUAACUCCCUUGAGGCUGACGGCAGAAAUUGAACUUUUGUCACCAUGCAAUGUGUGAGCCUUGUUAAUAUCCAACAGUCGGCAAUUAUUUUGACUCCCGUUUGUCAUUUGAACGUUUUAAUUGGCGAAAUGGAGCACUUGUUAAAACCCAGUUGCUGUUCUUUGUUUUCGUCCGUGUAAAUGUGAUCAUCACACGGUAUAGACACGUUAGCAAAGGUUUAACUGCUGCACUUGCAGUGCUUGAAAUCCGGUUGUCGUUCACUGUUUUUGUCCAUUUUUCUUCAUUUUGGCCACGAUUUCUCGUCCUUUCUCACUCGGUAACUUUGGUUGCAUCACAGGGUUAGCAUAAACGGCGCGUGCCAUUUGAAUGGCGCGAUUGGUAUUGGAUCACUCUUCAUGGUUCGAAAAAAAUAUUCCCAACAAUUCUCGUGGACUAAAACUCAAUUCUACCUUGCUCAUAGUUUGAGUUGGACAAUAACCCUGCUGUUUAGCAAUCUCUUAAACUUUUUAACCCCCCACCCGUGGACAACAACAAUGAACUAAAACUAUUUUAACCACCACGCGUUCACAAUUUUUAACACUUCAAUUUGUUCAAUUUUGCCCAGAACACAAUCUCCCGCCAUUUUUGUUCACCCAAACAGCCCUUGCUUGUGUUUUAGAAAUGUUGGCAUAAAAAAAAAAGUUGUUUGAACAGCAUGUCAUAGGUAAUGUGUUUUUAUCUUAUUUUAUUUUUUUAAGGGGUGUCUAAGUCCAGAAACGACUGUCCAUCCCGUUGAAAACGACAUAAUUGGUCAUCGUUGCUCCUUUUACACUUGGAACAAUUAUUGCGCUGACACUUUUACUUAAUUUUGUGUUUUAUGUCACAUAUGUCAAACUUUCAGUAUUAGCUUUGUUGCCCGCACUGCAGUGUGUGUGUGUGUGUGUGUGUAUUGAAUGUUGGCCGUGUAGCAGAAAGUGGUUUUGGGAGCAUACCAUGGUUUUUGGGGGGGGGGGGGGGGGGGUCUUCACGUAUCUAUGCAUUGUGCCACGUGAAUGGUUCAUUUCAGGGGCUGGACAUGACACUCUGUGCGCGCGUGGGUUUGCAGUUACACACGCACGAGCACUUGGGGGCAACUCAUUCAUGCUUUCCAUGGCAUCUUUGAUGUAAAUAAGAAUUAGCAAGUAGCCUUUAAAAAGUCUAAUGACCUGACCUCUAAUUGUCAAUAUGUGUUCAUACAAAGCUUAUUAUUAUUAUUAUUAUUGUUUGUUUUCUAAAUGGCCAUCCAUUGUAGAUAUGUACAGAAUUUUGAGCCUUUUUUUUUCUCAUUAUACUGAUUGACUUGGGAUUGUUUAGCUUUUUCAUUUUCUCUUUCUGUACAAUGGAACUUCCGAUGUGGGACGCACUUCCUGAAAAUUUCAAAAUCACGUCAAAUGUUGGCAUUCUGAAAAACAAGCAACUUUUUUGCCCCCUCCAUCCCCGUUUGGCUAUUCUUAGAAAUGUGGCAUCACAAGAAAAAGCAAAGAAGACGACAUACGCACGAAGAUGACGUCUCACUGAGCUGAGCUAUCGUUUUCUUUUUACUCGCAAAAUGUUGGCCUUCAAAAGUUGCUUUUAGGGCGUUGACCUUCAUUGAUUCCACUGUAUUAUGUUUCUUUCCCUUUGCCCCCAAAUGUAAAGCAAAGAUGCUCUUGCAAGCCCCCCCCCCCCGUUCCCCCCGUUCCCCCAGACUGUAAAAUACCUCGUCCAUCACUCAGUUUGUUAGCAUAAACGUAAAAGAGAGGGGAAAAAAACCCAACUUGAUCUUCCUGUAUUUGUCUCGAUGGCAUGGCUGCUGGUCUUUGGGAGAUGACAUUUUGUAUUUUUGUUUCGUGUUGUUUUUUUGUUUUGUUUGUUUAAAAAAAUGCAGUAGGUGGUGGGUAGCUGUGCUAUUUAUUAUUUCACUCUGUGGUUUGUACAAACACUUGUCAGAAUGUAAAAGGCCAUUUUAAAAGUGGUAGGUUUUUGAAUUUUUUUUUUUUCCCACCAUCCUGUGAACUCUGGAAAAAUGUGAUAUUUUAUUGGUGUGCGAGCGUGUUUGUGUGUGUGCAUGUGCAAGCCGGCACGAAGCAAAUUUAAUUUUAUAUUUUUAUUUUUGUUAAGUCAUUUUACAGAAAAAAAAUGGAAAAACAACCCAAAAUACCUUUUGUGAAUAAAACCCCUGCAGAAAAAAAUCUAUCCAGGAUUCUAGACAAUCAAAAAGGCAUCGUUAUGAGAAAUGUUACAGAAGUUAUCUUUAUUGUUUAUAAGAAUUGUACAUAGACAUUCAGUUUUUUUUUCUUUGUGUUGUUUGUUUGCUCUCUUCUCACUCAUUUUGUUAAACAUUUUUUGUAUUUUCUGUUGUACUUUAAUACCUUGUGUACAGAUCCAGAAAUAAAAGCUCUGGAAAAAUUAAUAUGCGUACAUUUUUUUAUUUAAAAGGGUGUUACUCCUUAAUUUGAAUAUAAAAACAAAGUUGAUGCAUUUUUUGGAUCUGUAUCACACACACUUUGUUUCAACUGCAGUUCUUAAAGCGUACUUAUAAAUUGGGAUUUCAGAGAAGGGUUUUAAACUAGAGCUUGGGGCCGGUUCGGGUUUUGAAGUAAGGUUUUAAACUAGGCUUUGGAUUUAACAGUAGUGCUCUAAACUAGGGUCAAUGUUUCAAUGUAGGGUUUCAAAUUAAGAUUGUUUUCAAUUUAGGGUUUAAAUGAUUAAUAAACUCUCGUGAGUGUUUCAAAUGACUUUCAAACCCAAGAUUCAAGUCGAGGUGAAAAAAUGUCUCAGAAGUGGGGUGAAAAGUAUUGAGUGUUUUAAAAAAACUAACAGCAAGCAAAGGAAGUCGUGUUGAGCAUUGCUUAUAAAUAUAAUUUAUUAAUCAUUUUAAAAAUUCUUUCUUACACUUUGUACAGAAAACAAGGAGAGCACAAAAAGAUGUCAUGACAAGCGUGCCUGAUGCAACCAAAACAGUCACCACCAGGGCUCAACGUGUCAAGUCCAAAUCACUGCCCAUAGCAAAACGGUACAAGCACAGCCAAGACGUCCAUCAUGACAACCAAUGGCAGUUUGCAUAGUCGACAAAAAAAAAAACUAAACAAAAAAAAACAACAACAACAAAGUAAACAUACUAACUACUUCCUAACUUUUUUUUCUAACUCUUAAAGUGACAGUACACAAGUGUACACACUAUAGUCAAAUAGAAAACACUUUUUUCCCCUUUCAUUUCCAUACAAUAACAACACUGGAUUUGUAUGUCGAGUCCACGUGAAGAGUCCAGUGGCUAAAAUGUCGACAAGCAAAUUUUUGAAAAUUAAGGGGAAAAAAAAGUCGAUGUCAUCGCCGUCGCCUUUGGGUUCCAGUUUGCAUUUUAAAUGCACCCUGUACACUUUUUGAAUUAGCACUUACAUAAUGAAACAAUCACAACAUCCAACCGAGAAGCACACAUUUUGGAGCAAACCCCAAAAGAGAAAAAGUGACAACUCCGACCCCCCCCCCC